AUGUCGACCAACAGCACCACAACCACUUCCUCUACCAACACCAAGACCACCCCUGCUGCUCCCUACUUUCUUACGAGCAGUUCCCCUCUGCCUUCUUUCUCAUCCUCGCCUGCCGUCCGCUUCCCUUCUGUCACAGGUCUCGCAAGUAUGGAAAGAGCCAAAACCAUGGCCUUGAACAACAACGACAUAAUGGAUUUUGUCGGCCGAUAUCAAACCUUGCAAACUUAUCAAUCCGCCAACGACCAGCUGAUUAAGGAUCUUUUGAUUUAUGCCAAAGAAGUUCAGAAGACGUACGGAGAAGAAAACCAGCUUCUCAAGCAAGAGCUGCGCAACGCCAAGCUCGACCUUGAACAUGCCACGAUUUCCCGGAGGGAGAUGCAGCAGACGCUGUCGGGUCUUGAGUCAGAUAACAACUAUCUCAAGCACCGCAACCCAUAUGUCGUGAUUCUGAUUGAUGGCGAUGGCCUUCUUUUCCAAGAACACUACAUCAAGAUGGGUAUCGAAGGUGGCAAGCAAGCUGCCUAUGCCCUCCGAUCCGCCGUCGCCGAAUACGUGGGCAGCCAGGCUGGUGAAGUAGAGAUCAUCGCCAAAGUUUGCGCAAACAUGUCGGGUCUGGGGCGUGCCAUGCGCCGCGACGGCUGCUUGGAUAGCGAGUCGGAGCUCAAGGAUUUUUCGUUAGGCUUCACGCAGGCCAAAGCUUCAUUUGAUUUCGUAGACGUCGGUCACGGUAAGGAACGUGCUGACUCCAAAAUCAAAGAGGCUACGAGAUGGCAUUUGCGAAACUACAACUGCAGACAAAUUUUGCUGGGCAUCUCUCACGACGCCGGGUAUGCUCCAUUCCUCGACGAGAUUCUCCAGGAUAAGGAAAGCCGCUCCAGAGUCUGCCUGAUUGAGGGUAUUGCGACGGUCAGAGAGCUGAAAAAUACCAGCGUCCACAUCCUGGAACCGCUACCCAGCUUGUUCCGGAACCAAAAGCUCAUCGACCGCAGCGGUGACCGAUCCGCCGAGUCGACGUACUUCAAGCCCUCGGUAGUGACCACGUCUCCCACCCUUGCUGUUUCUCCGCCAGCUUCUGCACCGGCGUCCUCAUCCUGGGCUGGGGUCACAAAGGCGAGCCCUCCUCCUCAAAUUACCACCCCUUUAGCCAACAAAAACAUCAACCUUCCAGUCCGACAGGCCUCCCAACCCAAAGCGCAACAGAGCCCGGCGUGGAAUCCUGGAGAGCGCGGACUCGAUCCGACCAUCCCCAUCAACCAGGUGGCUUUGGAAAACAUUAAGAAAAGAACUGGGGCCAGCAAGUUGUGCAACAACCAUUACCUUCGUGGCCCUUGCGCCAAGGGUGAUGAGUGCUGCUUUGAGCACAACUACCGGCCUAACAACGACGAAAUCAAUGCUAUCGCGCUCUUGACCCGUCUCAAUCCAUGCACCAGCGGCCAGGAGUGCGAUGUCGAUAAUUGCAUCUACGGACAUCACUGCCCCAGCGUGGUUGGCAACACUUGCACCCACCCUUACUGCAAGUUCCGAAUCUCCGAUCACCCGCCCGGAACCAAAUUCAAGAAUAGCAAAAUUCACGAGAACUAA